GGAGGGCUCCUGCACCUGCCUCUGCUCACUACACAUCAGCACUUGGCACAGGGGAGGCUCCAUACCACGCUCACAAAUCCACCGUCCAAGCCUUUAAUCCCAAGUUACAGCAGACAGAAAAGGGGAGGGCAGUUAUCUGAGGCUCUCAGCAGCCCCAUGUGCUUGCUCGGAUCAUGGAGCUGCACUGCCUUCUUACUGAGACCCCCACCACAUCCAGCUCCAGCUCCACGGAUCCCCUGUACGACAACUGCCCGCCUUUUGGUCAGCGAGAACGAGCCAGAGGAAAGGAAAUGGAGAGCCGGGUUGUCUGCCCUGUUGUAACCAGACUCCCGGGCCCCUCCAGCCCUCCGCCCGGUCUGAUCCCAGCUGUGGCUGAGGUUCAGGCUGUGGUCAUCGGGCAAAGAGGGCUUGGCACCUGGCCAGAUCACAGUUACUGCAGCUGUAGAGGAGGACCGGCCUGGGAGGCAGAGCCGAGCCCAGGAAUGAACAGAGCGAGAGGAAGAGGAGGACAGGGAUGUCACUGGGGAGACGAGGACAGAGCUCAUCAGAACCGAAACCCCAGCCCGUCUCGGAGCGAGGAGCACCAGAGCGCCCUGUCUCUGUACGAUAACCUCCCUGACUCUGAAACCGCCGAGAGCCUGCAGGAGGUCUCCGACAUGGAAACGAGCUUCCAGGAGCAGAUGUACCGAGCAUGGGUCCCAGAGCCGAUCCAGGGGGGGCGGGAGGGGGACGCCGAGACUCGAGAGAGGAGCCCUUGGUCUUCUUGUGAGACUGGCUUUGCGAAAAGUCACUCAAAUAUCCAGGACCAGAAUCCAGACCAAGACAGGAAACAUGAACUGGCGCCGGAGUUGGACUCAAGAUCCUGUAGAUUUAUGCCAGUGGAACCAACGGCGCAUUACCAGCUCCCGAAGCCUCGGCGUCUUACAGCAAGCUCCCCGCAGCUCUGCCAGGCCCCGGAGCCCCCCGCGCAAGUCCAGCAUCCAAUGCAGCCAGCAUCAUGGACCCCGAGAGUGCCGCCUCCAGUUCCCCUGGCUGACCCCUCUGCCAGCGCGCUGCGCAGCCUCCUCACCAGCCUCCAGCAGCAGAUCGUCAGGCAGAGGGAGGAGUACGAGGAACGCAUACUCAGCUUGGAGCAGAGGAACGAGGAGCUGCAGGUCGAGGUCGUUCGUCUGAAAACGAACCUCGCCCAGCAGCGGCACUGGUACCAGGUGGUCCAGACCAAGAUCGCCGAGUCCGAGAGAGCCCGGGCUGCUGCCGAGCUACGCAACGCCACCCUGCAGAGUGAGAUGGAGCAGUUCUUUGACACCUUCGGGGAACUGAACAGCGAGGCGAAGAAGACCGAGUGCAUUGUGAAGAGCUUUUAAAGAAUGACCAAGCGUUUGAUGAAAUGUGAGCAAAGAUGAGGUCGAGGAAAAAAAUAAGGAACAUAAGAUCUUUUAUAGUAAUAUGUAGGAAUCUCCUAUACUGACAUUUACUGUUGGUCAAACAGCCUGAGUACGUCACAAA